GGCGUUUCGCCGCAGUGACGCAAUCCGGCGCCGCGCCGCGUGCUCACAAAGGCCUUCGCCGCGCGCGCCCGCACACACGUCGUCGCCGCCGCCACCCUCGCUCGUCUAUCGAACGACGGCGCGAGUGCCGCGAGCGCCCCGCGUUUCGUAAUCACCACCACCGCUGCUGCCGCCGCGCGAAUAUCCGAACCAAACGCAUAAAAUGUUGUGACACGCGAGACGCGCCGCACGGUUACCGUCCGCCCGCGAAUCGAUGGCAAUUCGCGACGCAAUGCGCUCCCGCGGCAACAACACGGAUUUCGGCGGACACCAAACGAAACUCUUUUCUACCGCGCAAUGUGUGUGAUAUUCUAAGCGCGAGUCGCCUCUGCCCGUCGCACGUCGAACAGCGCAAAUCUAACACUUAACGAACGCAAGAUUAAGACGACGACCGACGACGCCACACCGAAGUUUAAACUAGUUUCAAACUUACCACCAACCGAGAGUGCUAUUACUACUAUCUUAUAAUAUAAUCCACAACAACCUAAAUACUUAAUAACUUACGUAUAUAGAGUAUAAAGUGCACAAAAAAGAAAAUCAGCAAUAAUUAAACAACUACAAAAAAAGUUUAAAUAAAAAUAACUACCGUCAAUAAUCGCAGCAUUUAGAUAUCAACCGCAAAAUUUCGACAUAGAUUCAACUUAGGCGUCAACACUUUUUAAUUUCGCGUUUGCGUGUGCAUUUCGUUACCAUUUACCUCUUACUCUCUCUCUCGACGAGGAGACGCCGACGAUUUUCUACAAUUACAUAAUCGCGAUCGCGCGAUAAAUUAAAAAUCGCCGCAAAUCGAUUCCAAGGGGCGUGACAGGCGCGCGAUCCGCAUCCGCUCGCUCUCGCACCCCCGCGAUCGCUGCGAAUAAAUCAAAAAAAAACCGAAACAGAAAAAUAUUUAACGCGCACGGCGGACGUGCGAAACUGCGAGCAAACAAUAAAUACGAGCGGCGGAACGCAGCACGCAGGGACAAAAAUUAGGUUAUCGAUCAUCCCGGCGAAAAUAAGCGACGACAAUAUUCGCCCACGAGACAAGCGCAAGACAAACCGAAAUUAUGCUAAAUUAUGCCUAAUUCGCCCGACUCGAUCUUACACUAUAUAAAAAUUAGCAAAAGUCGGCCCUGCAUCUGACGAAACGUGUACCGAUCUCUCGUGUAGUUGCAUCUCGUAUCUUGUUGCUAAGUGUGUUGCCAAAACCGCAGUCGUCGCAAACAAAGAGCGCCCCAAACAAACAAAAAAACGCAGACCAGUCAAAAUGUCGCAGUUAGUACUUUGCAAUUCGAAUAACGACAACAACAAUAAUAGCAAUGAUAAUCUUAGUGAAGAUUCAUCAACGCCGCUCACCAUUUAUCGGUGUCGCGCGCCGAUAGCGAGCUUGGACUGCAUGGAGGAGUUCAGCGCCGGCAGCGGAUUGAGCGCGCUGGCGGACCGCGACGGCUUGGGCGGCAUGGGGGGCGGCAACAUCACCAAGGAGCAACUGCUGCUUAGCGGGCUAACGCACAGUGCACCGGCGGCACCGUUGGCCCUCUCGCGGCAGACCUCGGUUACCCCUGGGCUGCGUUAUAAGAAUUUAGGAAAGAGCGGGUUGCGUGUUUCCAAUAUUGGUUUAGGAACAUGGCCGACAUUCGGGCCCAGCGUGAGUGAAGAUCAGGCGGAACAGAUAAUUGUCUUGGCCGUAGAGAGCGGUAUCAAUGUUUUUGACUUGUCGGAAGCUCACUCAGGGACAAGAGCAGAAGUUGAAUUGGGUCGCAUCCUGCAGCGGAGAGGAUGGAAACGAACAAGUUUUAUUGUUACAACCAAAAUUUACUGGAGUACCCGCUCGGAAGAACGAGGCCUUUCACGCAAACAUAUCAUCGAAAGCGUGAAGGCCUCCCUGGCUCGCCUGCAACUUUCCUACAUUGAUGUUGUUAUCGUCCACAAGUCAGACCCCAUGUGUCCCAUGGAAGAAAUUGUGCGAGCAAUGCACUACAUCAUCUCCCAAGGUUGGGCGAUGUACUGGGGCACAGCCCGAUGGUCCCCCGUAGAAGUAAUGGAAGCAUACACCAACUGCAGGCAGUUCAACUGUGUGACCCCCAUCGUAGAGCAAACCGAAUACCACAUGUUCUGCCGCGAGAAGACCGAACUCUACAUGCCGGAGAUGUACAAUAAGAUAGGCGUUGGUUUGAUGGCAUGGUCUCCGAUUUCAAUGGGAAUGACUCAAGGCAAGGAAGACGCCACCAUACAGCUGUUCUCACGCUCGAGUUUCCGCAACCGCUAUAGCACAUUUUCGUGGUCGGAGGACGAGACGAAUGUCAUCAACAAGGAGACGGCUGGUAGCGGAUAUGGAGGUAGUGGUGGAGGCUGGACGAAAUCGGAUCGCAAUCAGUCGGAAGACGGACGAAGGCAGACGGAACGCGUGCGGGAAUUGAACGCACUGGCUGAGAAAAUGGGUUGUACCCUGCCACAGUUGGCGAUUGCGUGGUGUUUGAAGAACGAGUCGGUGCAGUGCCUCCUCCUUGGUGCCAUUAGUGUGGAACAGUUGUAUGACAGUAUUCAAUCGUUGCAGUUGGUACCAAAAUUAAACUCAAACAUGAUGGCCGACAUUGAGCGAAUCCUCGAAAACAAGCCGACGAGGCCGCCCAUGAUAUCAACCCUGGCGCUUAGAUGACAAUCAAUGUGCCCCCCUGGGGGCUCCGUGAGCGGCAACCAGGGAGGCACGAGCAACGCAGAAAGUCCCAAGGACGACGAAUUCAGCUCCACCGGCGGCGGCGGCGCCGGCGACAUGGAUAAAGAUCAAAAGGCGCAGUUCUGCGAGAUUCAGUGACAAAAGGCCGGCGAGUUUGUAAAAACUCGUAAAGCGAAGACGCCCGAUUCGACGGGCGGCGGUGUGGUAGGCAUGAGCGGCGGCGAGCGACCGCUGUACCGCGAAAAGGUGCGCUGGUCGUACAGCCCCGACGAAGGCCCCAAGUGCACCAUCGAGACGCUGCUCGCCAAGACGUCGGCGAGCGCACGCCGCGAAGGCGGCCGCAAGGGCUCGGACAAGAUAGCCACCACGCCGGUGCAGGUCUAAGCGAACGCCAAUGUUCACUUGUUUUCCAAAUAGCUAGGUAGCAGGCUAAACAAUUGACUAAAUCAACAAAAAAAAACCUAACAAAAAAAAUCACACGAAAACAAAAACGCAAACGUAAGAAGAAAAAAAAAACGCUUUCCUAGAGUUCAAGUUGAGAAAUUUAGAACGCAACACACAGCGAGAAAUUAAACUUUUAGCGACAAGACGUUUUUUGCGCAUUAAGAAAAUAAGAACAAAUGAAACAAACACAACAAAAAAAAAGCAGCGAGUACAGUAGUCGGCUUUGUAGUUGCGUUCGACUUUUUCUAUAGCAGCGCCGCAGCUUGAUUCGACAGACAGCAUGUGAACGUACUACACGUAUAAUGAAUAAAACAUAACCUCUAAUAAGUGCAAUUUAUAUUCGCCGGUUUCAUUUUGGGUUCGAGUUGUCCAAUUUGAAAUUAAUCAAGAUGCGCACAGAUUGAGACUUGUGAUGUGGCAACAUCGGAGUACUAAAAAAUUGGGGGCCCGCCAGAGAAAAAAAAUUUUAAACGUGCACGUGACACAAGAUGGCGGUUGCAUUCUGCAAUGACAAUAAGUCGGCUGAUGGCGCGCACCCCGCACCCAAAUAAAAACAAACGCGUAUCGCAGUAGAAUAUAUAACACAAACCGCGCAUGCGCGGCACAAAAAAAAUUGGAAGUAAACUACUAAAAUCGCAACCCAACUUUUGUACAUAACUAUUUAUUAUCAUCAUUGAAACUACUAACGAAUAUAUUUAACAAGAAUUUUCGCUAUUGUAAUACAACUAACUAAAACAAAACCAGAAAAAAAUGAUGAUGAUGAUGAUGACAAAUUAAUUACACGUAAAUUUUGCUAAUGAGAAAACAAAUGAGUAACAAUAAUGAACACGCCGUUAUUAUAUGAAUAUUUACUGAUUAAGCGAUUUUAACCAAAAAACCGACGCAAAUUGUCAAACUUGAUUUGUUCUUUCUAAGUGGCUUUUCGAGGAUUGCAGGGAGGAAAUGAAGUCAAGUGUAAUUUGCAUACAUUGCCAUAGAUUACGAAUUGUCGCCUUGUUGAGAAAUGUGAGCGAGUUGCGGAUUGACGAUUCGUAAUUAAGAUUAUAUUAAUUAGGAUAGUUAAACUGAGAUGAUAAUGAUGUGUUAAGAUGUGGCGGACGGGUGGAAUCUUCACGAAACGGUGCUUCUUUCAACGACUUUUCCACUUAUUCCAACCAACAAAAAACAACAC